AUCAUCACAACUCCCCGUUUUCGUUAACUCAAAAUAUCGCUCGACACUAAUCACCGAGUAGUUGAUCGGAGAUGUCUACCGCCGGAGAAGGUGAUACUCCCGCUUUUGAAAAGCCAGUGGAGGAGCUGAAAGCGCCGGAGGAGUCCAAGCCCUUGAAGGAGAAAAAACCUAGGGCUCCAAGAGAGAAGAAACCUAAGCCUGCCAAAACCGCUUCGCAUCCUCCAUAUUUUCAGAUGAUUAAGGAGGCUUUGAUGGCUCUGAACGAGAAGGGAGGUUCAAGCCCUUACGCGAUAGCAAAGUACAUGGAAGAGAAGCACAAGUCGGUACUCCCUGCUAAUUUCAAGAAGAUUCUAGGCUUGCAGCUGAAGAACCAAGCCGCGAGGGGAAAACUCGUGAAGAUCAAGGCUUCGUACAAGCUUUCUGAACCCGCGAAGAAGGAGAAGAGGGAGAGCACGACUAGAGUGACGAGGGCGAGCGCAGAGAAGAAAGAGGCGCGUCCGAAACGAAGCCGAGCCGUAACAGCAGCUGCUACGAAAGGCAAGAAAAGCGAAGCGGCUAAGAAGGUGACGAAGGGAAGGAAGAAGGUGAAGAAGACGAAGAAGGUUUCAACGCCUGCGAAGCCCAAACAGCCCAAGUCCAUUAAGUCUCCUUCAAAGAGGGCCCGUAAAGCUACUGUUGCUACGGCGUGAUGGUGGAUAUGUUAUAAUAGUAUUUUUCUUUUUAAUGGAAAACUCUGUAACAUACUUAUAUAUGUGAAUAUAAAUAGUUGUAUCGUCUCUCUUCAGGUAGUGUAACGCAGUGUUCGCUGUAAUAUGACAUCUAAUGGAGCUGAGUUUUUCUUUUGCUGUAUUAAAUCAUACUUUUGCAGUUACGUGUGUGUUGAGUUUUUUUUUUUGUCCAUCCGUGUUAGUUUGUUUACACGCUUGGCUAUGGCACGAAUUUUCUGGAACGUGAUUGGGCCGAAAGUUGUUGGGUAGCAUGCUAAAAGCAAUGUGAUAUUUCAUUUGAACCCAAAAAAAGAAUGUGAAAUAUCUUGAUUCUUGAGUGAUUUGAUGUGUUUCACAUUGAUUCCUUUUUUUUUGUGGUUUAGAGUGUUUCUUAAUGUACGCGGUGUGAUAUUUCCAUAUGCAAUCAUACUUUUUCUCGCCAGUUGCUUGAAAUUAUGUUCACUGAACUCUACGGAAAGCAGCAGAUUGAAAUCAAAAUAAGAUGUUCAAUAUCGACCCAGUGACUCUGUGCACC